AUGGGAGCUGUCGGCGUACCUCAGCAAUUCAAGCCAAAGAACAUAUACAUUGUUGGCGCACAAUGUACGGGCAAAACUUCACUUGUCAACGCAUUAGAAAGCUCCCUUGCCGAUUUAUUCAGCACCACGCCUCCCAUUAUUGUUAGAGAAGUCGCUCGCUCGUUACAGGCGCUCAUACUGGAAGCUCAAUUCAACAGCGAGCGCGAUGCCUUGACAAGGAAUCCUUGGAUUAUAUCAGAUCGCUCGGGAAUAGAUCCCAUCAUAUACGCAUCGCGCCAUAUUGGAAGUGAGGCCGUAAAACUCAUGACCUCGUCUACAUAUUGGCAAGAGUUGAGAGAUCGUAUGUCGCAAUCCUUGGUGUUUGUCUGCGAAACGGUGGAGGAUUGGCUUGUAAGCGAUGGAGUCAGACUUAUGCCACGAGAUGUAGAGGACUGGAAGGAAUAUGACAAUGAAUUCUGUCGUAUGCUGGAGAGUGCAGAAAUACCGUACCAGAUGAUCCCGCGUUCGGUCAAAAGUCUUGAAGAUAGGGUUUCGUUUGUGUGGUCGAGGUGGAAGAAUGCUACAUUGGCUUAA